GCUGUUUCUAUGGAUAUUUUAUCACCAAAUACCAGAGAUCUACACAUACACAUAAUUAAAUUAUAUGGGAAGUAAGAAUGGCUCAAAACACAACAACACACAGACACGACUUCCGAUGGCCCACGACCGAUUGUCUAGUACCUAGAGCAGAGGCUCCAAAUCUAAAAUGUGUGCCUCCCCCCUCUGACGGCUCUGGCAGGGUGAGACCAUGGUGUGGAAUGGACAAGCCUGUAGCCUCGGUGGCAGCUGUAGAAGCUCCGUCAGGUGACUCCGCCAAGCCAUGGACCCAGCGGGGCCUACUGGUGGAGAUGAUCAGCCCUAGGCCUGCCACAACCCCGCCUAGAGUCAGGACAAUGCCUGCUGGCUGUGAGGCUGCAGCUCCCGCUACUAAUUGGUGUGAGGGAGAUGCUCCAUCCAGACCUCUGACCGUCAGAGUGGGAGCAGCCCGGUACAAGACACAUCUAGAUAUGACCAACCCAGCCAGUACCUGCGCAAGCUAUGUGAUAGAUUCCCUGAGCCAGUAUCUAUAGUGACUGCCAAACCUAGAGAUGAGCUAAUGAGGCGAGUCUACGCUGACAGAUAUCGCACAACCUACCAGGCUGAUUACUGCCGCAACUUGGAUGACAUAGCUCGGUCGAUCGGCGAUUGUGAUUCACACAAUCCUGACAGUAGAUACCAAGCUGAUGCGAGGGUUGGUCACAUGGCAACUAGCAGCUACACUCACACACACGACCCAACACAGUACGAGGCCUGUAAAUGUUGUGGUUGUAAGUGUAAGGCAGCCAAGGUUCACUCUCAGACAGCAAGUGAAUCCAGAAUCCAACCUAUGACUUGCCGGCCAGCUGCAGUGUCCCAGAAUUUUCACUAUUCUUGUUGCAACGUGAAGAGAAAGGACGGCCAACAUUCAAUGGGACAAGUUGGGCCACCUGAGAAAAUACCUCCAUGGGUAAGUGAAUACAAUGACUCGAUAGGUAAAACAGCAAAAAUGAUCUUCGAGCAUAAACUGUUGUACCCUAAGAAAGAAAAGAAACACAGAAUGUAAAUUAGUCACUGUCAAAUGUCAUGCAACGAUUUAUGAAAAAUAUACACUAAAAACA